AUGCCAUCCAACGAGAACCCGGCCACGGCUUCCCCAUCCCCAAUCGAACCCCCCACAAGACGCACCUCCUUCACUAUGAGCCAUUCACAGCAUCCCUUCAUCAUCUCAUCGACCCACUCGCUCUCAGACCAAUCCACAUCGUCCAUAGAAUCGCAACCCCAAAGCUAUCGCGACGAACGCGAGGAGUUCGAGAUGGAGGAGAUGGAGGAGAUGGAGGAGAUGGAGGAGAUGGAGGAGAUGGAGGAGAUGGAGGAGAUGGAGGAGAUGGAGGAGAUGGAGGAGAUGGAGGAGAUGGAGGAGAUGGAGGAGAUGGAGGAGAUGGAGGAGAUGGAGGAGAUGGAGGAGAUGGAGGAGAUGGAGGAGAUGGAGGAGAUGGAGGAGAUGGAGGAGAUGGAGGAGAUGGAGGAGAUGGAGGAGAUGGAGGAGAUGGAGGAGAUGGAGGAGAUGGAGGAGAUGGAGGAGAUGGAGGAGAUGGAGGAGAUGGAGGAGAUGGAGGAGAUGGAGGAGAUGGAGGAGAUGGAGGAGAUGGAGGAGAUGGAGGAGAUGGAGGAGAUGGAGGAGAUGGAGGAGAUGGAGGAGAUGGAGGAGAUGGAGGAGAUGGAGGAGAUGGAGGAGAUGGAGGAGAUGGAGGAGAUGGAGGAGAUGGAGGAGAUGGAGGAGAUGGAGGAGAUGGAGGAGAUGGAGGAGAUAGGGGGAGACUGGAGGGGCAGUGAGGGAAUUGAGGGAAAUUGUACUUCGAAACGAUUUCCUCAAUGGGAGCAAUAUGUGGGCUGA